UAUACGCCCAGCGCCCGAGCCAGGACGGGCAGUCCCUGGGGAGAGGAGCUCCUGCCAGCACAGGGGCCAGAAGGGAGGCUGCAGACUCAGGAAGGCCUUCCUUCCCGGCAGCAGCCUCAGGACAUAAGGCACCAGCAGGGAGGGAGGAGGCAUGCUGCCCGAAACCCCCAGAGAGGGAGGAGCUCUCCCCAGGGACGAAGGUGUGCUCUGAGGCAGGCUCCUUGGUGUGCAAGGGACCAGACCGCUGCAGCCCAGCUGUGGGGCAUGAAAGCCACAGAUGGGUCCUGGCACCACUGGAGGACAAAUGCAGCCGCACGCCAUGGAGGAAGGGCACCGGGCAUUGCUCAACCAGGGGGAGGACAACGAAAUGGAGAUGUUCGGCUACAAAACCGAGGGCUGCCGGAGAGCCUUGUGCAUUGCUGGAUAUAUCUUGUCCUGCGGGGCCCUGUGGCUGGUGUUUUACUGGAAGCCAGCAUGGGAUUUGUGGGCAAACUGCAUUCCCUGCAGCUUGCAAGAAGCGGAUGUCGUCUUGCUUAGGACCACAGAUGAAUUUCACCUUUACUCACGAAAGAAGGUGACGUGGAUCUCUGUGUCCGCGCUGCCCAGCUUCAAACCGGGCCAUCCCCUCGUUGCGGAUGAAAGCUCUGUCAUCAAUGAAGUCCUAAUGAAGCCGGAUUUAAAAGUGAGAUGCAUCCAGGUGCAGAAGAUCCGGUACGUUUGGAAUAUCUCUGGGAAGCGGUUCCAGAAAAUUGGCUGUUUAGAAGACCACCACACGUGUUCAGAUAUGCACGCCAAGUUUGGCUCUGGUCUGAGCCAUGAAGAUCAGGCUAUCAGGAGGCUAAUAUGCGGGCCAAAUACCAUCGAUGUCCGCGUUGUCCCUAUUUGGAAACUACUCGUCAAAGAGGUCUUGCACCCUUUCUACGUGUUCCAGCUCUUCAGCAUAUGCCUGUGGUUUGCCGAUGAUUACACGGAGUAUGCCAGCGCUAUCCUACUCAUGUCCCUCCUCUCAGUUUCUUUAACCGUGUAUGACCUCAGGAAGCAAUCUGUCAAGCUGCACAGACUGGUUGAGUCUCAUACCAAUGUCACAGUGACCGUGUCCAGGAAAACGGGAGGUUGCCAAAAGGUGAAGUCACAUCAACUGGUGCCUGGAGACACGCUGGUUCUGACCGAGGGCAAAAGCUUUCUGCCCUGUGAUGCCGUCCUGAUCAGUGGCAGGUGCAUUGUGAAUGAAAGCAUGCUGACAGGAGAAAGCGUUCCCGUGCCGAAGGCCCCCUUGCCCUACACCAAUAACACCGAGCCCUGGAAAACGCACUGCUCAGAGGAGUACAAGCAACACAUCCUCUUCUGCGGAACAGAGGUGAUCCAGACCAAGGCAGACGGCGGGGACCUGGUGAAGGCCAUUGUGCUGCGGACGGGUUUCAACACAGCCAAAGGGGAUCUGGUGAGGUCCAUUCUCUACCCUAAGCCAAUUAACUUCAAGCUGUACAGAGAUGUCAUGAGUUUCCUGAUGUGCCUGAUAGCGCUGGCAACUGCUGGGAUGAUCUACGCUGUGUGCAUAUUUGCGCUGAAUGGGGAAGAGACAGGAGAAAUUGUGAAAAAGGCACUGGAUGUUAUCACCAUUGCUGUCCCCCCAGCCCUGCCCGCGGCCCUGACGACAGGGAUCAUUUACACCCAGCGCAGGCUGAAGAAGAAGGGUAUUUUCUGCAUCAGUCCUCAGCGGAUUAACAUGUGCGGGCAGCUGAACCUCUUCUGCUUCGACAAGACCGGCACCUUAACAGAAGACGGCCUGGACCUGUUGGGGGUGGUGCCUGCUGAAGGAAACCGCUUUCAGGAGGUUCACAGCUUCGCCUCUGGCCAGACCUUGCCUUGGGGCCCGGUGUGCGGUGCCAUGGUGAGCUGCCAUUCACUGGUGCUGCUGGAGGGGCGGAUGCAGGGCGACCCCCUGGACCUGAAGAUGUUUGAAGCGACUGGCUGGGAGAUAGAAGAGUCUGGUGGAGGUCACGCGGCGGGCGGGGGAUCUGUGCACACCACGAUGAUCAAGCCUGGACCCAAAGCCGGCCAGGUUCCUGUGCGAGGCAUGGCCAUCUCGCACCACUUCCCAUUUACUUCAGCCCUGCAGAGGAUGUCAGUCAUUGCUCAGGAAAUCGGAGGGGCGCGGCAUGUGUUCAUGAAGGGAGCGCCGGAGACGGUGGCUGAGUUUUGUAGACCAGAAACAGUGCCAUUGCAGUUUGCCAGCGAGCUGCAGCUCUACACUGCCCAGGGCUUCAGGGUCAUCGGACUGGCGCAUAGAGUCCUGCAGGCAGGGAACCAGCCAGCUCAUCUGAUACGGGAGGACGUGGAGUCCGGCCUGGCGUUCCUGGGCCUUCUGAUCAUGGAGAAUCGCCUGAAGAGAGAGACCAAGCCUGUGCUGGAGGAGCUCAGUGCCGCUCGCAUCAGGAGCGUGAUGGUCACAGGUGACAACAUUCAGACAGCAGUGACUGUUGCCAAAAAUGCCAGCAUGAUUUCUCCAACCAGCCAAGUGAUUCUUGUGGAAGCAAAGGAACUGCCAGGUACCCCUGCGGCCUCUGUCACCUGGAAGCUGAUGGAGGGGAGCCACCUGAAUGGCAGCAAAGGCCUGGAGACUGACAGUUGCAUCGAAAGAGGGGUCACAUCCAAAGCUGGAUGCGGUGGUUACCAUUUUGCCAUAAGUGGGAAAUCAUAUCAGGUCCUAGUCCAGCACUGCCGCGAUUUACUCCCAAGGGUNCUGCUGAAUGGCACCGUCUUUGCUAGGAUGUCUCCUGUUCAGAAAUCCAGCCUCGUGGAAGAGUUUCAGAAGCUGGGUUACUACGUGGGCAUGUGUGGAGAUGGAGCCAACGACUGUGGGGCCUUGAAAGUGGCGCACGCCGGGAUCUCGCUGUCGGAGGAGGAGGCAUCGGUGGCUUCGCCUUUCACCACCCGAACCCCCACCAUUGAGUGCGUGCCCCAGCUGAUCAGGGAAGGCCGUGCCGCCCUCGUCACCUCGCUCUGCAUGUUCAAGUACAUGGCGCUGUACAGCAUCAUCCAGUACCUCGGUGUGCUCCUGCUCUAUUGGCAACUGAACUCCUUUGGGAACUACCAGUUUUUGUUCCAAGACCUGGCUAUCAGCACGGUAAUUGGUCUCACAAUGAGUUUGAAUGGUGCCUAUCCCAAACUGGUCCCGUACCGGCCCCCGAGCCAGCUGGUCUCCCCCCCGCUGCUGCUCUCCUUGGUCCUCAACAUCCUCUUCAGCCUGGGCCUGCAGAUCUGUGGCUUUUUGGUGGUGCAGGAGCAGCCCUGGUAUUCCAAGGAGGAUAUCUCCAGCGCCUGCCUCUCGGGAAAGACAAGCCUGGCAAACCAUUCCUCCUCCAGCAGCAGCCUCAACGGGAGGUUGGGGAACGCAACCCUCGGGCAGGAGGUGGCCAACGGCUUCAAGAGCUACGAGAACAGCACGGUGUGGCUGCUGAGCACGACCAACUGCAUCGCGGUGGCGCUGGUGGUCUCCAAGGGCAAGCCGUUCAGGCAGCCGGCGUACACAAACUACCAGUUUGUCCUCGCGCUGACCGCGCAGCUGGGCGUCUGCAUCUUCCUGAUGUUUGCUGACAUGGAGGGUGUCUACUCCAUCUUCGAUCUGGUGUGCACGCCCCCCGUCUGGAGGGUCUCCAUGCUGAUCAUGCUGGCCGUCACGUUCGCUGCGUGUCUGCUUGUAGAGGAGGCCGUCAUUGAGAACCGAGCCCUGUGGAUGUGGCUGAAGACCCGCUUCCGGUACCAGUCCCAGAGCCGGUACCAGAGCCUGCGGCGCGCGCUGUCCCGGGACCCCGCCUGGCCCCCUCUGAACACAACCACCUUCUCCGAGGCCACGGCGAUCCCCGUGGAGACUGAUGAGGCGGCGCACAUCAACCUGGCGUUCAACAGCAACGAGAAAACACUCACUCAGGGACUCGCGGCCCCCGCCACAAGUAGACACAACCCCGCGCCUGCCACUGAGCGUCCGCACCCAGACUCUCUCCACGUUACGUGGCACAGCAGAGGCAGGACACGGCCCUAACUCAGGCCGUGGUGGCAUUCGGCUAAUACCGUCAUGCUCCCAGCACCUGGCCCCAGUAGACCCUGGCUGCUGGCAGCUGGGAUGGACUGGUCGGGACUGGCAGGCCACCUCCCCAAGCUGCACCGUGUGCUCUGCCCCGACAAGGACCACAAAGGGAGUCUCACGUGCGCUGUGGGUUUAAGCGAUGUUGCAGCAGUGCGGUGAGACUGCUCUUUACCUCCCCAUUAAAAACCUAUUUUCCAGAAGUGGAAGCAAUGAGCUCAGAGGAAGAAUGGUCUCAGCAGCGUACCCUGGGCUGUUUUAUGCAUUUCUGGGAAAUGUGUUUUUUUUUAACUGAUCUUUGCAAGUCAGUGCUCUUCGCAGUCAUGCAGGCGACUUGGGCCAAAGCAGGUGUCAAGGGACCAGGUGCUGUUCUCCCCACCUUGCACGUGUCUCCCCUGCCUUGCUUGCUCCCUCCAGCUCUCCCAGGAGGGCCCAGCAGGACUGCCAAGAGGAGCUGGCCUCAGGUUUCUAAUCCUGUCCUUGCCACUGACUUGCUGCAGGCAUCGGGCAAGUCCUUCACCUGCUCAUUUUCUGCUCUGGUUGAAGCACACACGUGGCAUUUCCCUGCUUCGUGCUCCAGGCCUCGUGCAGAGGGAUAAGGUUCAUUAAAGAGCAGUCUGAGGCCAGCUCACACGUCCCCAGCUCACAGCCACCUUCCAGGUGCCUCUCUGGUGCAUGUACAUGAGGCUCACGAGGCCAAACCAGCUAAUCAUGGUCAGAAGAAAGGUCCCUAGCCCGGUCCCCAUUCGGCUUGGCUGCCUCGCUCCCCAGCCAGAUCCAGCCUUUCCCCCAAACCUGGGAGCAGGGCCGCGCUGCUGCAGCCACAGAACUGGAUGAGGGGUUUUGUUUUGGGGUUUUUUAAAUUAAAUUUGGAUCAAA